ACAAAUAUAUGUCAUUGCUCUAAAUUUAUUAAUUUUGAUGGAAGAUUACAUGAAUAUAAUUAAUUGUUUUUCUUAUUAGGUUUUCAUAACUUGACCAAAGUGGAAGAGUUGUUUAUGGAUUAUUCUAUCCCCCCAACCAACUUCUUUCAUGGUGUUGGAGCAUUGACUUCUCUCAAGGUUCUAUCAAUAUCUAGCUGCAAAUUCAGUGGCAACUUAACAGGCUCAGGGCUGUGUGAAUUGACACAUCUUGAAGAGUUGGUUCUUAACUACAAUUAUUUAAAGGGAGCCUUGCCUUCAUGUUUGGCAAAUUUGACUUCUCUCAAGAGAUUAAGCCUCGAUUUAAAUAGAUUUUCUGGAAAUAUAACUCUAUCCCCUCUUAACAAAUUGACAAACCUUCAUUACUUGUCCCUUUCAGACAAUGACUUCCAAAUUCCCAUCUCCCUUCAACCAUUCUUCAACCAUUCAAAACUCAAGAUUAUCAAUGCAAAAAACAAUAAAUUUUAUGCAGAUAUUGCCAUUGAAUCUUUGGAACCAAGUUUCCAACUAAAUAUCUUGGCUUUGUCUGGUUAUGGAGAUUGUGGAGCAAUUCCAAACUUCCUCUACUCUCAACAUGACCUCAAAACUUUAGACCUCUCACACCUUAACCUAACUGGAGAGUUUCCCAUUUGGUUGUUGGAAAACAACACAAGGUUGAACAAACUUUUGCUGGUUAACAAUUCCCUCUCUGGACCUAUUGAGUUGUUAGCUCACUCUCAUAGGAGUUUGGAACAUCUAGAUAUCUCCAAAAAUUUCUUGGAUGGCCAUAUUCCAAUGGAGAUUGGAGCAUCUUUGCCAAGGUUACGAGAUUUAAACAUUUCAAGAAAUUCUCUUACUGGUAGCAUUCCUCCUUCAGUUGGUGAUAUGAAGUUGUUGGCGUCUUUGGACUUAUCUCAUAAUAACUUAUCUGGUGGAAUACCUAAGAAGUUAACCAUGGGUUGCUUAUCACUGAGGCUCCUUAUUCUAUCAAACAACAACCUACAAGGCCAGAUUUUCUAUGGGAAAUUUAGCUUAUUCCUCUUGGAUGAAUUACAGUUGAAUGACAAUCACUUUUAUGGAAGUAUCCCGAAAGUUUUAUCUAACUGCUCCUCUCUGUAUUUAAUAGAUUUUAGCAACAACAAUCUCUCUGGAAGGAUCCCGAGCUGGAUGGGACAGCUUAGUAAGAUUCAUGUCCUAAACCUGUCUCAUAAUUUCUUGGUUGGUCAAAUUCCAUCUACAUUUUCUAACCUUGAGCAACUUGAGAGCUUGGAUCUUUCCUACAACAAUUUGAGUGGAAAAAUUCCUCCCCAGCUUGUUCAGCUGCAUUUCUUAUCUACCUUUAGGGUGGCAUACAACAACCUAUCAGGCGAGACACCGAAAAGGGUUGGACAAUUUGGAACAUUUGAUGAACGUUGUUAUGAGGGUAAUCCUCUGCUUUGUGGGGAGCCAAUGAAAAGUUGCGGAGCAACAAGUCCACCAUUGAUCCCAGAAAGUCCAACCCCAGGUAGAGAAGAUGAUGGUUUCAUCGAUAUGGGUGUCUUCUAUGUGAGUUUAAUUGUGUCUUACAUAAUGAUGCUCAUAACUAUUGCUGCAGUUCUCUACAUAAAUCCUUAUUGGCGACGGGCAUGGUUCUAUUACGCUGAGAUGUGCUUCAUUUCUAGCUACUAUUUUAUAGUAGAUCAUCUUCCCAAGCAAUUUCAUUAAAGAAUGUAUCCAGAUUAUAGGUGUCCUUUCUAUAUAUAUACUUUCUUAUUUUCCUGUUCGGAAUUGCAAUGAGAAGUCAUAGAUAUAUAUGCUCUUUCAAGUAAUUAAAACUAGCGAGCAGAGUCUGGGACCUAAUUUGACAAAAGUCAAGUCAUGAGAGAGUAUUCAUUGGAAGAAUGACUAUUCUUAUUGUGCAAUUGAAAAUAAUAAUUGAUUGGAGCA